GGCACGGGCUGCUGCUUCUUGUGGCCGAAUUUAAAUCGCUGCAGACGGCGGCGGCUGCUCGCUUCUAGGGAGCGGGGAGAGAUAGAGGGAGAGCGGGCCGGGGAAGCGGCGCUGGGAUUUGUGCAGGGACCGAGCGGAGGGAAGCCCGGGCCCGGGCCCCUCUCACCCCCAUGCACCAGACCCCAGCGGCGGCGGCAGCAGCGGGUUCUUCCCGGGGGCGCUCCGGCCUCCAUGCCCACUGCCGAUCUGAGGGUGCAGGUCCCGGGCGGCUGACUGAGCGCCCCCGGGCCUCCAGCGGAGCCGCCGGGCCGAUGUGAAGUUUGCGCGGAACUUUUGCGCGGAACUUUGCGCCGCCCCCGUGGGCUGGGGGCCAUGGGAGGCAAACAGGCGAAGGGGCGGCCCCGGGCGGGGGCAGCCCAGGCCCCGAACCGCGACCACCCCCACCCGCCCGGCGGGCAGAGGGCUGAGGGCAGGGGCGGCGCCCCAGCUCCAUACCAGCGGCGGAUCGGCCUCAUCCAUGACAUGGCGAUGCUGGCCAAGCAAGGGCGGCAGCAAGAGGCGGCUCAGCUGCUCCGGAGCCUCCGACAGGAUCUCGGGAUGGAGUCGACCUCGCUGGACGACGUCCUGUGUCGCUACGCCAGCUUCCGCAACCUGGUGGAUCCCAUCACCCACGAGCUCAUCGUAAGCCUGGCCCGCUACAUCCACUGCCCCAAACCGGAAGGAGAUGCGGCCGGAGGCCUGGAGAAGAUCUGCCGGCAGCUGACCCACCACCUGAGCCCGCACUCCAGGUGCAAACGGCAGGGACUCCUCAAACGCAAGCCCCAAGCCUGCCUGAAGGCGGUGCUGUCGGCGAGUGGGCCGAGCGAGAGCCUGGACCUGUCGGGGAUUGCGCUGAGCGGCCGGGACCUGCAGCGGGUGGCCCUGUACCUGCGGGAGAGCUGGGAGACAUUGUGCAGCGUGGAGAUGGGCUUCGUCGAGCUGACAGACGAGGGCUUCCUGCAGCUGCUGCCCACCCUGGCCUCGCUGCCCAGCCUCUGCACCCUGUCGCUGAACGGCAACAAGCUGACCCGGGCCGUCCUGCGGGAGCUGACCGACACGCUGAAGGACCUGGACAAGUUCCCCAGCAUCAGCUGGAUCGACCUGGGCAACAACGUGGACAUCUACUCCCUGCCCCAGCCCUUCCUGGUCAGCCUCCGCCGUCGCUGCCCCAAGCACAGCAACCUGCCCACGAUCCUGGAGUUUGCCGAGAGCCAGAGCAGUGACCCCGAGGACUCCGAGACUGAGCGGUGUGGCCAGCUGGAGCGGGAAGCUGUGUCGGCACUGGAGCUGGGGACAGUCCCAGGCCUGGAGUCGGGAAGUACCAGUCCAGUCCCAGGCCUGGAGUCAGGGACAGUGCUGGAGCAGGAGACUGUGUCGGCAGGCCUGGAGUCAGGGACAGUACUAGUGCUGGAGCAGGGGACUGUGUCGGCACUGGAGUCAGGGACAGUCCCAGAGCUGGAGUCAGGGACAGUACCAGGCCUGGAGCCGGGGAAUGUACCAGCGCUGGAGUUGGAGACAGUCCCAGAGCUGGAGCAGGAGGUGGUGCCAGACGUGGAGCCCUUGCUGGACGCAGGGGAUGAAGGGGCUGUGGGCGCGGCUGGUGUGAUGCCUGGUCUCACCUGACGUACAGUCCAUGCACAGCCUGCCGUUAGAUCAGAGAUUGCCACAGGUGGGAGGGAGUGGGGGCAGGCGCUUUGGUCCAGUGGCCUCUGUGGGUGAGCUCUCUCCAACUAGGGGCCUGCAUCUCCAGUGCCUGUUGUACCCACUCUUCCACCUUCAUCCUGUGCGCGCACGGACACACACGUACACAGCCGGGUGACAUUCCCUGCCUGGAUGCCCUCCUGGUUGACCUUUCCAUUACGGAGUGAGCUGCCCUCUCGACCAGCCUUUCCGGACGUGGGAUUGUUGUGUGGGAAAACUGACUCCACCAUGGCCUGGCACAACUAUUGGAAUCCCAUUAUUCCCAGGUCUGGUCAUCUACAAAUCCCAAAUUAUUCCUGUUGUGUGGGAAUGAGACGCCACCAGGUUCUGGUGCAACUAAUGGAAUCCUAUUAUUCCCAGGUCUGGUUCAACACUAGAAUCCCAAAUGAUUCCCGUUCUGUGGUGAAACCAGCUCCACCGGGGUAUUAUGCAGUGAAUGGAAUCUCAUCAUUCCAAGGUCUGGGUCAGCCAUUAGAAUCCCGAAUCAUUCCUGUUGUGAGGGAAUCCGGCUCCACUGGGCUCUGGUUGAACCACUGGAGUUGGCAGUGCUGCUGCUUCAGCUGCUGCCCCCCGGUGGGGGGAUGGCCAUUUCCCCGGCCAGGUCACUCUGCUGCCCAUGUGGGAGGCCCAGCCUGCUGAGCUGUUGGCUGAGUGGGUCCCUCCCUCCUGGGCACCACCUCUCACAGUCACUCACCUCAGUGUAGGGUCCUGGGGAGAUCAUAAGAGAUAGGAGCUGAAUUAGGCCACUCGGCCCAUCAAGUCUACUCUGCCAUACAAUCAUGGCUGAUCUGUCUCUCCCUCCUAACCGCAUUCUCCUGCCUUCUCCCCAUCCCCUCUAACACCCGAACUAAUCAAGAAUGAAAGGAGGUACGGACGCUGCUGCCUUGGGUCGAGGUGUCUGAUACCUGCUGCCCUUGGCUUGGUUCCUGCUGCACACAGCUGGGUUUCCACUGUCCAUUUGGAGCAGGCUGUGCUGGGGUUCCAUGGUCUCUCUGCCUCGGUCACUGUUGGAUCAGCGGCUUGGCUCCCUGCCCCUCUCCCCGUGCCACCCCUCUCCCCGCCCUCCCACAGCCUGCUGUUGAGUGAAGCCGCCGGGCAGAGAUCACUCCCCACCAUCGGCUCCUGUGCAGAUUCUGCAGUCUGUGGUCCCCGCUGGGAAUGGCCUGAGUUUGCAGUGUCGCAGCCUUGCCCAUCCUUCACUUCAACUUGGACAUGAAUCUCCUGUGAUUUCUCCCCCCUCCGUGUCUCCUGCGUAUCCCACAUGGUUCAGGGUGACCUGUCUGCUCCACCCUCUUGUGGCUGUAGUACCGCUGUGACCCCCUCACCCCCCACCUCCCCAACCCCACCGCCUCCCAAUGCAGCCAAAUCCCCUCUGGUGGGUCCCCUAGACUUCAGGACCAUCCCCCACCUCAGAGGACAUGUACUACCUCCUCGUUAUCCCGGAGAUUGCAGAGGCUCAGAGACCUCCAUUACAGAGGAAGUCUCCAAUCCCAUUACUCUGCCACCCCACCCUCUAGCUGAGAGUUUGUCAUAUGUACCAGCAAUGGAAUAAUGAAAUUCUUAUUUGCUUUCCAGACCCGUAAACACAAUGACGCACACAAAUAUAUAAUAAUUAGUAGUGUGAUAGUGUAAUGCCAGGUAACCAGACUAUACUAGUGCAAAACCAAUGUCUGUGCUGCAAUCAAAACAAAGUCCAUGGUAGUUUAGUGCUGAGGUGGGGUUGUGGUUAGAGGGUUACAUAGAGUAGUACAGGAGCAGGCCCUUCUGGCCACAGUGUCUGUGCUAAACAUGAUGCCAAGUUAAACUAACCUCCUCUGCCCGCACGUGAUCAAGGUGGUUCAGGAACAUGAUGGUCACUAGCAGUGGGCAUACACCCUAGCAUAUGGAAGGACUGUUCAGUGGUCUAAUAGCAGCAGGGAAGAACCUCUUCUUGAAUCUGGUAGUAUGUGAUUCCAAGCUUUUGUAUCUCCUGCUAACGGCAGAGAGGAGAAGGAAUGAAUGACCGGGGUGGAAAAUGUCCUCAAUUAUGUUGACUGCUUUUUUGAGGCAGCGUGAAGCAUAGAUGGAGUUGAUGGUGGUGUCUAACAUGAUGGCUGCUCCUUAUCUCAGCAGCUCUUUCCCUGCACUAAUUCUUCCAUUUCCCUAAAAUUCCAGAAUCCAUCCACCUACCGGCAACUGAGCCUGUCCAAGAAGGAACUGCAGAUGCUAGUUUAAACUGAAGAUAGACAAAAAAAAAAGCUGGAUUAACUCAGCGGGACGGACAGCACCUCUGGAGAGAAGGAAUGGGUGAUGUUUCGGGUCAAGACUCUUCUUCAGACCCGUCUCCACCCGAAACGUCACCCAUUCCUUCUCCCCAGAGAUGCUGCCUGUCCCGCUGAGUUACUCCAGCUUUUUGUGUCUACCUCUGCAGGUGUCUCUUGGGGAAAAGAGUCCCAAACGUCCCCCACCUUCAUGGUGACAUUUCUCCCUGCCUGUCCUGAACAGCUGAUCCCUUAUUGUACGCUCAAACCCUGGUUAAAGACAAUGUCGUCAGGGAAUAUCACUGCUGCAGCAACCCUGUGUGGAUUUUACACACUCCAGUCAUUCCACUAAGCUUUAGGGAGUACUGCCCAGUCUGCCUAACCUCUCCUCACAAACGUUGCCGGUAUGAUGAGCAUUAGUGCACUCCCUAUACCAAGUAAACACUUCCUUAGGUACGGAGUCAUGAGCGUUUAAUUGUUAAAUGUACGCACCACAAAGCAAUGACAUUCUUUCUUGCAGCAGCAUAACAGGCCUGUAAACACAAUACAUGUAGACAAUAUGUAAUACAUAAACAAUCAAUAAAUUAAUAACCUCAAUACUAGUGGGGGAGAAAAAUCCCAAAA